AUGAUGUCAAAAGCUGCACAUCCUGCUAUUUUUCGCGCGAAGAGACUUCUUUUUCUCUCGGUGCACGAGACAACUGCACUUGAGGAUAUUCUACCUGAAUCGUGUGCUAUUAUUGCGCAAAAUAUCUGGGCAGCAUUUCAAUUUGAAAAAGCAACACCUUCGCUUCCUUGUCUUUUUUGGUGGACAACCGAGACAAAGGCAAGUAGAACGAACUCGUACAGGCGGAAUCAGGUACGGGCAGGUGUACUUCAAACAGCAGAGGAGCGCGCAAAAUUGGGACAGUGUCCGCGGCGGAGGGACAGAGACGGCAGGAAUGGAAGCGGCGAAAUCGAACUUCAAGCGCUACUAAAAGUAGCGGGUAGAGUCCCCAUGCUGUUCUCAAUCUACGGCUGUUGA